CAGUUUGAAAAUCAUGCGUCCGACUAUUUUCAGUUCAGGUGAAGCAAAAAGUUUGGUAGAAGGAGAAGAGCACCAGCUAGCUCUGCUAUCUAGCCAGGCUACACACAAUCUUAGUUGGAAUUAGAUCAAUCUACAUACUGUAGUAAGUAGAAGCUUUCCGAACCAGUAAGCCUCUUGCCCUGAGAAAGGAAUACAAUACCGGUAGCUAGAACGACAACGGGCUACGUAAAUUGAUCCUGGAGUUAUCCUGCCUCAUUGUCCAUGAUUUAUUUGUGAUUCACUUCAGUUCAGUUUGAUAGUGUUCAAUGGCAGAUUUAAAUUCGUUUCUUGAAUUGCCUCAUCGCAAUGGCUUUGAGCAGUUUCAACCCGCCAGAGAUGCACACAUACGCGAGAGACCCUCAGUCAUUCGAGAGAGUCGGAGUGGUGCUGUUCUUCAGGCACUAAUGGACAUGCAGGAUCAACUUCGUCAGCUGCAAAAUGAGAAAUCUUCACUCAACCAACGAUUCGAGGAGCUGACUGAGGAAACCUCUCGUUAUAGAUCUGAGUUGGAGCAGGAUCGUGCGCGUCUCCGUAAUGUCAGAUCACAGCACUCCCGUGAGGAACCGUCGUCGCCAUCUCUUGUUCAGCAGCUAGAGGAAGCUCGAUUGCAACUGGAGAGAGCUCGUGUGGGUCGACAUCGUCAAGAGCACAGGGCUAGGGUACACAAUGUUAUCCUGGAUGAUGACAACGAAGGAAACUCUGAUGACGAUGCUGAUGAAAGUUCCGCUGACUCGGGCAGUGACUCUGGCGUUGAUGAGCCGCAUAGAUCACAUCACAGUUCAGCACACAAACCAGCAGCACGGCCAAAGCAAUCUGCACCCUUUCAGAACGGAGAUGGCCGCCACUAUCGCCUGAAUCUGGCUCACAUCCCAUUUGUUGUUGGUCAGUCGACCGCUCCAUCUCACUCCGUUGGCGGCAGUUUGCAGCAGGUGCUGGCAGAGCUCAAGCGACAUCACCCAGUAAUCUGCGAUCGUGUUUCUUCUCGUGCUCGCCGGCGACACCACGAUGGCAAUCAGCCUGAGCACUGCGCAAGGAACACCGUUGACCACGACGACUGCUGCUCCCGUUCUACCGUGGCAUCUCGUGCAAAGCAAGCAAAGCGCCACGGCCCCUCUCAGCCGCAUGAGUUUCUGCACGCACGCAGCGAGUCGCGCCUUGCGGCAAAUCGCCAGGUGCUGCGGGAUAUGCGCACUCUGAAAUGUGUCUUGCACAAAGAUGACGUGCGUUGGACGUGAGCAUCCUGACUACUCGUCCUGCUUUGGGCUUUCUCCGAUGCUAAAUCUUGAUUUUCUAAUACCUCAUUGCUUGUUUCUACAGUUCCUUUGAGAAUGCCACUCCUCCAUGCUCUCUGUACUGCCGUAAUCAGGUAAUGGGCCCUACAUUUGAACAAUACCAAAACACUGUCUCACUUGCCCUGCAAUAGCUACUUUCAACGGAUCUUCCAACAAUGAAUCCAUCUGUCAUAACCUUUCGUUAGGCUUUUAUUUCUUAAUUAUUUUCAACUCGCGCUUUAUAACAAUUUAUUUCGGACUCUUUUGUGUUCCAAGCUUUCCAGGCUGCUGCUGCUGCGUUACCGGAUCGUGUCUUGAGGACUGUGUUUCGUCUCAACCAGUUUUAUACCCGAGUUAGUAUAUAUCGCUAUUCUCAUCUGCUUAGUGACAAGUCACGAAUCACUGUCUUCUGUGUUGUACCAGUAUUUUUUUUUAAAUAAUUUACAAGUACUAAUUUAUUUUCCACUGUCUUCUCAUCAUAUUCCAUGAGAACUGAAUACAAUUCUUAUAGCGUUA